AUGUGGGAUGUGACGUCACGUCGCGAGGCGGGCGGGAGUUUCAAUGAGCGCUCAACUCGCGCGUGUUCCUCCAAACCACGGAGUCGGCGGCGUCGUCCUCGUCCUCGUCGUCGUCGUCGUCGAAUGCAGCUGGCAGCGGAAGACGGCAUGUCCCUGCGGGAUUCGCCGAGCCCGGAGGCCUCCGUGCUGUCCCCGGCGACGGGGAGCAGCAAGCGCAAGCGGCGAGGUCACCCGGCGGAGGCCCCGGACGCUGAGUGCACCCCGACGGAGCUCAUUCAGCAGCGGGCGCCGGAACACAAACUGCAACGCUCCGUCUGGAAGGGCAAAGAGAACGACCGCAACCCUUACGUCAUUUCCAGACGAUCGAGGAAGAGGAAGGAAUCGGUGUCCGGCAUUUCAUGGGACCACCUUCCAGAUGAGUUGAUCCUCAGGAUCCUGGUCUUCUUUCCCCUGCGGGACCUCCUCAGGACAUCGGUCAUUUGCAGACGCUGGCAUCGUUUGGCGUUCGAUGAAUCGCUGUGGCACAGUGUCGACCUGGAGGGGGUGACCGAUAUGGGCCCAGCACUGCAGCAGGUGCUGAAGACGGGGGUGCGCAGGUUACGCUGUCCUCGCUCGUUCAUUAACAACCUGCACCUCACGGGGACGUGCACCCUGAAGAUCGCUGAAAUUGACCUGUCCAGCUCCAUCGUCACCGCACCCACCCUCGAGAGCAUCAUCGAUCAAUGCAAUCUGCUCCAGUGUGCCAGUCUGGAGGGCCUGCAGCUCUCUGACAACAUUGUCAAGUUCGUUCUCGCCACUUCGCUACAUACCCUUUUGUUUUGGAUGACCAUCGUGGAUAGGUUACUUUCUAUUGGUCUGGCCCAGAAUCUGCACCUGCGCCAGCUCAACCUGAGCGGUUGCUUCAACUUCUCCGCUGACUCUCUCGCUCACAUGCUACAAUCCUGUUCCAGAAUGGAACAGUUGAACAUAUCGUGGUGCCACUUCAGCAGUAAUCAUGUGAGAAACCUAGUCGGCCACGUGAGCGCCACUGUUACGCACCUCAACCUCAGCGGAUACAGAGACGGCCUCAUACUCGAUGACGUGAAGGUCUUGGUUAAGAGAUGUCCUGGCAUUCGCACAUUAGAUUUGAGUGACAGCACUCAGCUGAUGGCUGACUGCUUCCCCGUGCUCUCUGCGCUCAAGAAUCUGCUGCAUCUGUCCCUGAGCCGCUGCUACCACAUUCACAUCGCCGCCCUCACCGACCUCAGGAAGACGUUCCCCGCGCUGCGGUACCUAGAUGUGUUCGGCCUCGUCAAUGACAGCCACUUGUCCUCGUUGAGGAAGCAAAGCCUUGGCAUUUGCAUCAACUCCUUGCCUUUCUCUGCCAUCGCCCGACCCACGCCCGCCAGCGUCAGUGGCGCCGCCGGCGGCCACAGUAUGUGGAACAAAACAAAUCGCCUGCGGUUCAAGCUAUAGGGGCUUUUAAAUUGGACUCAAAACACCCGUGGAGUGGAGGAGAGAGAGUUUGGCGGUAUCAGCGGUCAACGCUACGAUGUGUUCAACGCGAAGGCCGUUCAGGAAAAUAAGCAAGCUGCUUUUGUGGCUUCAAAAAGCACGUUAAAUCUGUUCAGACGUUAAUGUGUGCAGAAAUGAAAAAACCUUUGCAUGUCUUUCACUAUUUGAUAAUCAGCGUUAAGAUGAUAUUUUUUCCUACAUGGAACUUCAACCGAGGCAUAUGUUGCUCAAACGUGAGGUGUGUGAACACUCAAUUUUCGUACAAUAAAUCAUUGCACUGGAAAUGUGUUCUAUGUCCGGAACUCAACCAGGUUGAUGUCGCUAAACGGGAUAUGUUCCAAAUGGCCAUCAAGUUAGACGUCAUUGUACCUUUUCUCUGUACAUUUCCUGUUUUUUAGCUUCUAUUCAAAUUGAAUUUACAUGUGAAUUUGUCUUCCAUCUGUUAAAGAGUAAAGCACCGAGUGCCAAAA